UCAUUCAUUGUUUGCAUAAGUAGUUGUAGUUCCUGUGAGUAAUUUAUUGUAUUUGCUCUUUCAUGUAGCGAUUGCAUUAUUAUUCAUUUCGUAUAUUUCACCUGCAAGCACUGCAGCGAAUCCAUUCAGUGUUUGGCUCGACUCAACGCCGAAGCACGCUUAAUUAUUUUCUCGGUGCAAGUGUUUACGGCCAAAUCAUGCAGAUAAACAGUGGGACGAAACAAAUAAUUUUCUUCGUAAUGGAAGAAUGGAAGCUUAUUUUAUUUCUGACCCUAAUAUUCAGUCUGUACAUGUAUUAUACAAGUACAUUUGAAUUCUUUGAACAAAAAGGGAUCAAAUUCAUGAAACCGUAUCCUGUAGUAGGUAAUUUGGGCUCUCGAAUGAUGGCUAAAAAAUCAUUCCAUGAAUUCCAGUAUGAGAUCUAUAACUUUUUUAAAGGCAAUCCCUAUGGAGGGAUAUUUGAAGGAAGAAGACCCUGUUUGUAUGUGUUGGACCCAGAGCUGAUCAAGGCAAUCACAAUAAGAGAUUUUGAACAUUUUGUUGACAGAAACACUUUAAACAGUAAUGAACCAAGAUACUUAAGCCAAUCUCUUCUUAAUUUAAAAGGUGCCGAAUGGAAAGGGGUUCGCAGCACAUUAACCCCAGCGUUCAGCUCUGCAAGAUUAAAGAAUAUGCUGCCUUUGAUCGAGGUGUGCACAGACCAAAUGGUUCAGUUCUUAAAGCAAUAUGAUAAACAGGAUGUUGAAAUGAAGGACACAAUGGGACAUUUUACAUUGGAGGUUAUUGGAGCUUGUGCCUUUGGUAUCAAAUGUGAUGCUUUAGGUGAUGAAAAUACCAAUUUCAUAAAGCUUGCAGAACGAUUCAACUAUAUGUCCAAGUCUAAGAGGAUGUUAAUAUUCUUCUUCCUGUUAUUUGCACCCAAAAUGUUGAGAUAUUUCAACAUAUCGUUUAUGAAUGAAGAGAGUACAAGAGAACUAGUCGCCAUACUGAAAGCUGCUAAGAAAGAAAGGAGAUCUAGUGAUGAAAAGAGAAGUGAUUUCUUGCAGCUGCUCAUAGACGGAGCAAAUAAAGAAAAUGUUGACGCGGACGGCACGAAAGGAACAUUACUCGAUGACGACACGAUCGACGCACAAUCUCUCCUGUUUCUCAUAGCUGGCUACGAAACGUCCAGCACGCUCCUCUCCUUCGCCAUUCACAUGCUGGCCACCAAGCCAGAGAUCCAGGAAAACCUUCGGGCUCAUGUCACGGAGCUUACGGAGGGAAAAGAAAUGUCUUAUGAGCUGCUGUCGCAGUUGUCUUAUCUAGAAGGGUUUUUAUUGGAAACACUAAGACUGUUCCCACCGGUCGCCCGAGUAGACAGAGUCUGCACCAAGAAGUACACCCUUCCCGGAACACCAGUAGAAAUCAACGUGGGGGACGUUGUUGCCAUCCCGGUAUACGGGAUCCACACAGACCCCGACAUUUACCCACAACCUGAAGAGUUCAGACCAGAGAGGUUCGUGGGGGACGAGAAGAAGAAUAGACCAGCUCAUUUGUUCCUGGCUUUUGGGGCUGGACCGAGGAACUGCAUAGGUCUACGUUUCGCAAUGUAUUCCGCAAAAUUGGCCAUGGUGUCGCUUCUGAAAAACUUCAAGUUUUCCGCAUGCCCGAAGACUUCGGAUCCCAUCAAAUUUGACAAGAGAGGUAUCUUGCUGAAGGCUGAUCUGUGGGUACGCAUUGAAUCCCUGUGAUUUAUAUAGACAUUUUAUUUAAUGUAUUUUAAGGGUGGAGUUAGCUUAAUUUGGUUUUGAUAUGUUAUCAGCCAAAUAUUUAGUAGCAGUUAAAAAGGUAGAUGAUUGUACAUACCCAAUAUUUACUUUAGCCACAGAACAUUAAUAAGUUACUAACGUAACAGAUCCUUCACUUGUCCGCAAAACGACAAAUACCUACGCUUUAUUUAACUAAUACUAAUGACUCUAAUGAGUUACUACGUAAAACUAGGUGCGUGCUACGCGACUACCCAGGCGGGCGCGUGGCGCCCCUCGGCCAAUUGUUCAUUCGAAUGAACGGCUAGCGUG